UGAUUACCAGCAUUGUUUACACUAGAUACGUCAAGUGUCAACCUCUUCGCACGAAUACGAAUACAAAUAUCAUCAUUCAUCAGGAAUUUAACAAUAAUUGUAAUUGAAAUUUACUUAUUGCAAAUUGCAGUUUGAACAUACUAGUGUAUUAGAUAUUUUUGAAAAAUGCCACCGGUUGACAAGACCCCAAAUGUUAUUUCGAGCUCCUUUCAAUUAGUGUACUCCACGAAGGCCUAUAAUAAGAUUCCUAUAUUCGAAUAUGAAUCAACCACAACAGGCCUAACUGUUGUUAUUGCUGAGGUUGAUGGACCAAUUGUCAAUGGAUUUUUCUGCAUUGCUACUGAAGCAUUCGAUGAUGAUGGUUUACCGCAUACCCUAGAACAUCUCAUAUUUUUGGGUAGUGAAGAAUAUCCAUACAAAGGUGUUCUAGAUCUCUUAGCUAAUAGGUGCUUUGCUUCCGGCACUAAUGCUUGGACUGAUGUUGAUCACACAUGUUAUACUAUGGAAACCGCAGGAAGUCAAGGAUUCUUAGCUCUCAUGCCUAUAUAUUUGGAACAUAUUCUUUAUCCUACUUUGACUGAUGCAGGAUUCAUAACAGAAGUCCAUCAUAUCACACCAACUGGUGAAGAUGCUGGUGUGGUUUACUGUGAAAUGCAGGGUCGUGAAAACUCUGCUGAAUCCAGACUUCAUUUAACAUUAUCUCGUCUUAUGUAUCCAGGAAAAUGUGGUUACUCAUCGGAGACAGGUGGAAUAAUGCAAAAUUUAAGAGAGUCAACAUCAAAUGAGAAGAUAAAAAAUUAUCACAAAGAACUUUACCGCCCGGAAAACUUAAAAAUAAUUAUAACAGGUCGUGUUGAACAUGAGAUAAUAUUCAAAUCUUUAUCGAAGCUCGAGGAGAAAAUUGUAUCGAAGGGAAAUUUAGGUCCAUUUCAAAGACCCUGGCAAUCACCAGUUCCUCCAUUGGAAAAAUCUACAGACAUUGAGGUUAAGUAUCCUGCUGACGAUGAAAGUAACGGGUUAUUCUGUAUAGCGUGGAGGGGUGCAUCCACUGUGAAGGAUCAAUAUACUGUUACUGCCACAUCUUUGAUGUUGAAGUAUUUAUCAGACUUUUCUGUGUCGCCCUUACAGAAAGAAUUGGUUGAAAUUGAAGAUCCUUACGCUAGUGAAAUAACUUAUAAUUUGUAUCAAAACUCUGAAACAUGUAAUUACUUAACUUUCCAAGAUGUACCAGUUACUAAAUUGGAGGAAAUUAAAUCGAAGCUAUUUUCGAUAUUAAGUAAAAUUGUGGAAAACGAAGAUAUAAAUAUGGAAAGAAUAGAGAGUAUUAUUAAGAGACAUAGGUUAGAAUGCACCAGUUACUUAGAAUGUGACCCUCACAGCACUGUUGCAUUUUUAAUUAUCGGUCAUGUACUUUACGGAAAUACAAAAGAAGAUUUGGAACAAAGAGUAAAUCCUUUGAUGGACUUGGAUUCCCUAAGAAGAGAACCCAAAUCCUUUUGGGUGUCCCUUUUAAGGAAAUAUUUCCUCGAUAACAAAUUUAUAGCAAUCCGUUGCAAACCCAGCAAAGAGGAGAAACAGAAAAUGGCUCAAGAAGAAAAGGAAAGGAUAGCCAAACAGAUUGAAUCGUUGGGUCCGGAAGGUUUGGAGAUUAAAAAGAAGGAAUUGGAGAAAGCCGUGGAAUUUAACGAACGUGAACCACUGGAAGAAAUGUUAGUUUCCUUACCUAUACCAGAAAUGAAUUCUAUCCAUUAUCACAACAUUGUGAGAUUAAGGACUGAUUCAAAUUCAAAAAGGACUCUCGAUCUAUCUGAAACUCCUGUUUUCACGUUCUUCGAUGAUGUGAACUCUAAUUUUGUUUAUAUAUAUGCUCUUUUAGACACCAAGAAUAUACAGCCUGAUACAAGAAAUUUCCUACCUCUGUUCUUUGAAACUCUUCUGGAAUUACCCAUAAUGAAAGAGGGCCAGCUAAUACCUUAUGAGAAGGUAGUAGCUGAAUUAUAUAACGACACUGUUCAGAAUUCGGCUCAUUUGGGGUCCACAAAAAGGGGAUUAUUCAAAUGUGGUUCAAACUCCACCACUGCUGUUGUUAUGCUACAAGUUGAAUGUAGCAACUUCCAAAAAGGUUUGGAAUGGUUGAAGGAUAUCUUGUAUAAUACUGUCUUUACAGCGGAUCGUUUGAAAGUUACUGCAAAGAAAAUGCUGAAUUCUGUGGCUCAGGCCAAGAGGAGUGGAAGCGACAUGGUUUCUUAUGCAAUGAAAGCUUUGUGUUUUUCUGAAGACAGCAACAUACUGAGGAAUGGAGUGUUAAACCAGAAUAAGUUCCUCUCGAAUUUGGUAGAUGAGCUUGACGGGCCUAAAGCUGAUGAAAUUGUCAAGAAAUUCUGUGAAAUCAAGAAAUUGUUGUCUGAAUAUAAAAAUUUCUCCUUGUAUCUGGCAGGUAAUUUGAGGAGUCUUCCUAAUCCGUCUCAGAUUAUAAAAGAAACAUUUGUUCCUGGUUCUGAACCACCAAAAUGCCUAACAUAUACUCGUGAUUAUGAACUGAUAGAGACAGGGGAAAGAAAUAUUACUGGAUGCAUUAUUGGAAUGGGAUGUUUGGAAUCAUCGUUCUUCAUACAAUCUGCAAGGACUAUCACCGACCCAGAGGAUCCUGAUGUACCAGCUUUGAAUCUAUUUCUUCAGUACUUAACUCAGGCUGAGGGCCCAAUUUGGAAGCAAGUCAGAGGAAAGGGAUUUGCAUAUGGCUAUUCGAUGGUGGCCAAAUAUCACGAAGGUUUCAUUUACUUAACUUUCCACAGAGCCACAAAUGUCGUUGGUGCUUAUAAAGAAACUCACCAAAUAGUUACGAAACAGAUUACCUCUAAGCAAUGGGACGAAACUUUAUUAGAUGCCGCAAAGAAUUCUCUGAUGUUUGAAGUCAUAGCACAGGAGAAAACCAUUGGAGAUGUUGUAUAUUUAUCAGUUAGCUCCUAUUUGCAUGGAGUGGACUACAAUUAUAAUAGGAAUCUGAUAAACUCUAUAAAGAAGGUCACAGUAGAUGACCUGAAUAGAGUGGGCGAGAAGUACGUGGCACCACUGUUUGAAAGCAGCAAGGUGAACACCGCUGUUGUUACUGAUCCAUCUAGAAUAGAAGAGAUCCAGAAUGGACUUAAAGAGUUCGGGCUUGAUUUGAAGGUGUAUCAAUCGUUAGAAGACAGUUUCCUGAAUGAAAAAUGUUCUAAAUAAGUAGAAAUGGUGGAUAAGUUUAAAUUUCAAGUUGGAGAAGAAGUUUGCAUUAUUUUAUAUUAACAUUUGUACAGAAAUGCCAUUAUGCUGUUCAUUGUUGUAUCGAAGCCUUAUAACCAUGAAGAUUAAAAUUUUUAUAUGUUG